AUGGCGCAAGGCAAGCAAACCCAUGCUCGCAUCCAGGCUCCCACAGAUUCAGUGAUUAUUGAGACACGGACCAAGACUGGGCUCAUCCGCAAAGACAGGCCGGUGGUCCUCAGUCAGGGCGUCCUGCAAGAACUUUUUCGUUUCCGGCAAGACGUAGCAGCAAACAUGCUGGUAAGCUCUCUUAUUUUCUCUCUUUCUCUAUCUUCUCUGUCUCUGUCUCUGUCGCUGUCUCUGGUCGCACUGACGUGGGGCGCUCAGGGAGUCUCCUUAACGAGCUUCAAGAUCGCUUGUCGCAAGCUGGGCAUAGGCCGGUGGCCUUACACGAAGGAUUCGAAGACAAGGCAGGUGCUCAUGCGACAUCCCUCAAGCAACAGCCAGCAGCUCGUCUCGCACAGCUCGUGGGGGCAGAGUGCCAAGUCAAACAGAUCUGCUGAGGUGCGAACUCAGCAACACGGAGCUGGAGACAUUCAGCCUGAAGAAAAUGAAAACACCAUCUGGUUGGAGCUCACGAAUACACCAGCGCAAGCUGUGCUGGAAGACAGAAACUCAAGUGUCACAGGCGCGAGUUUAGACGAUUUUCAUAGCAUACUUCCUCACGGAUCAGAUACCUUGCCUAGUGUGGUCGAGGAAUUCACCAGCGGUUCAAGCUGCCAGCAGCCGCGCUUUUCUGAACUCUCGUGGAAUAGCGAAGAGCAGGAUCAAUGGUUCGAUCAGUUGAGUGAGGUAACAAUCGAGGACGCCUUGAAUGUAGAAGGUGUAGAUUUCUUUCCCAGUGCUACACGAGAAGGCGCGAAUACGAAUUUCCUUUACGAUCAGGAAGACCAGAUUUCACUUGCGGGUUGCUGGACUUCUGAUUGA